AUGUCAUCUGUGAAGUCAAUCCUCAUAGUCGGAGCCGGCGAGUUGGGCACAGCUAUCCUCGCAGCCCUCGCAAGUCAUCCUUCUAAGCCUCCACAUGCCAAUUUCUCCGUCUUACUUCGUCCGGAUUCCAUCACCUCUCCCACUCCUGAGAAGCAACGCUCCAACACCGAGUUGAAGUCCCUCGGUGCGAGGCUUGUGCCUGGGAAUUUCGUUGAUGAUGAUACCUCUCAGCUCUCGGUCAUUUUCAAGGACUACGACGUCGUUAUCCAGGCAGGUGGAUACGGUUUACCGAAAGGAACGCAGCUGAAGUCUGCCACCGCUGCACUUCAGGCCGGUGUUCCGCGAUACUUCCCCUGGCAAUUCGGUGUUGACUAUGAAGCAAUUGGGGAGGGCAGCGCCCAGGACUUGUUUGAUGAGAUGUUGCAGGUCCGGCGAUUGCUACGGUCCCAGACUCGCACGACAUGGACCAUAAUAUCAACAGGACUGUUUAUGAGUUACUUGUUUAUCAGUGACUUCGGAGUAGUCGACAUUGAGAACAAAAUCAUUCGUGCCUUAGGAUCUUGGGAAAAUAGAGUCACAGUAUCAACACCGCGGGACAUUGGUCGCUUGACAGCUGAGAUGGUUUUCGUACCGGAUGGAACACUGAAUGAGGUGGUCUACAUUGGAGGAGACACCAUUUCGUAUGGAAAACUAGCAGAUAUUUUGGAGGAAGUGUUUCACGGGAGUUUUAGCCGAGAAGAGUGGGACUUGCGGUUUCUUAAAGAUAGGCUUGCGAACAACCCAAGCAAUCUAUGGUAUAAGUAUCAGUGUAUCUUCGGCGAUGGGAAAGGAAUAUCAUGGGAUUUGACCAAGACCCUCAACGGCCAACGAAACAUUAUUAUGACCACCGUUGAGGAGUACAUCAAACAAAAUUUGGCCAUGGUUAACUAG